AUACACCGCCGCCAAUGAGGGAGUUCCGAUUGUUUUUACUAUAAAUAUAUACUUUUCAUCCAUGAUACAACUGAAGCGCUUAAUGCCACCUUAAAAUCAUGGCAAACGAAGAAAAUGGUUCGUCGAAUCACAACGAGGUGACCUUAAAUUUCACUUUGAAAGAACUGAGUUUUUCCGGUCCGACUGAAGAUGCGGUACCGGGAAGCUCGUCCACGUUAGAGCUGUCGGACAAGAAACUGGUGUGUGUGGAGUAUCCGGCGGUGGUCAGCAACGUUGACAAGAUGCUGCAGACUCUGGGUGGCGAGCAAACAGUAUCCAAAACCUUUGCUGACCCCAACAGGCGUCUGGAGUUGCGUUUCCGACCUCAGGACCCUUUCUGUCACUCUGCAUGUGGAAACCGCCUGUCGUCAAGCAACCUCCUUCUCAAAGUGCGACGGCUGACGCGUAAAAAAGAACCCAGCGAUGUCAAGAUCCAAAUGGAUGUAGUUGGAAUCAUAGGAACAACUUACAAAUUCCAAGGUAUGGUAGACUUUCAGUACCUCGCUGUGCAUUCACAGGGUGGAAACGACUCAUCUUUAUAUGACAAAAUAAUCCUCCGCAAGACUGAGAAUCAGGAGUUCUUCGAGCAGCCUGUGCCUUACUUCCUCCCUCCGGCCAUCUUCUCGCGUCUCGACUGUCCUGUGGAUUAUUACUACCGGCCUGACUUCCUGCAAAAAUCAUCAGCUGCACAAAGGGCUGUCAGCAAGAACUUCAUUGGUUUGAAUCGUGCUCGUCGGCCCCACAACGCCAUCUUUGUCAGCUUUAAUGAACCCACCGUGCCCACGAAAUGCCUGGAGGCAGCUAAGGUUAACUGGACUCGGUGCUGUCUAAAGGAAUCGGACAGGGAGGCUGAAGAGCAGCUAAAAAGGAUGUUUGGGAGCCGGCCCAUCUGGUCACGGAACGCAGUCAAGGCCAAUGUCAACAUCCACCCUGAUAAACUGAAGCUGCUGCUGCCCGUCUAUGCCUACUACAUGGUGACAGGACCUUGGAGAAGCCUGUGGGUGAGGCUGGGCUAUGACCCCCGAAAGAGCUCAGAAUCCAAGAAAUACCAGAUGCUGGAUUUCAGGAUCCGCUGUAGCUCCAAGCACGGCUAUUCGCUAUCCGACAUGCUGGUGAAAGCCAAGAGGAGCGCCCUUAACUACAGUCUGCCAAUCACAGUUAACAAAACAGGUCCCCAGCCUGCUAGUGUGAUGGAUAUUCCCGUUCAAGAAUGCCCCAGUACCAGUCGGGAUCCAGUUCCAGCCACACACCAGCUGAAGGAGUCGUCCUACAUUUUCAGAGAAGGCAUGCUGCCGCCGCACCGACAAAUGUUCUACCAGCUCUGUGAUUUGGACGUGGACAGCAUCAAAGAGGUGAUCGAGCAGAACAGCGGUCAGGAGGAGCUCUGCGACGAGCGUGAUGGCUGGUGUGUUCUCGGCACCACUGACAAGCUGAGGGAUAUAAUCUCAGGCAUGAUUAAGAAGAUCACACGAGCUCAGAAACCAGCAUUGCCCAAAGUUACUGGAAAAAGACAGCGGAAAAUGAGAAAUGUGGAUGCAGAGGAUGAUGAGGACAUACAGGAGGAAGAGUUUGAGAACAAGGAGGAUGAUGAGGAUGAGGAAGACGAAUUUCAGCCAUCUGAAGGAAGUGAAAAUGAGAUGGAGACAGAAAUUCUUGACUAUAUGUGACACAAGAAUCAUGCGAUUGUUCAUUUUCCAUUUGAGUAAAAUAUGAUGUAUUUAGUUAAAUGUAAAUAAAGAAAUGAGUUUUUCUAAAGGUUUGUGUCAAAACUGUCCUGAUCUUAUUAAAAAAAAACAUUAUUUGUUUCUUGUG